AUGCAUCCUGAGGUAGAUGUUGAGGACUAUUUGCUCGGGGGGUACAACCCAACUCCCAUCGGAGACAGCCUUUGUAAUGGCUGCUACACCAUCGUUCACAAGCUUGGGUUUUGUGGAUAUUUAACAAUUUGGCUCGCCCAGGAUCGGCCAUGUUGGCGAUACGUAUCACUCAAGAUACUGACUAGUGAUAUUGCUCAUGCUGGAAAGCGAUUUUUUGCAUCGCUACUUGACCAAUUCUCGAUUAAUGGUCCAAACGGACAUCAUCAGUGUUUGGUCAGAAAUCCUGCUAGCGUUAGUAUUACUAAGUCCAAGGAUGACAACACAAAUUUCAUGUUCCUACUGGACGCAAUCGUCGUCGUCGUAGUUAUCGUGUGUGAUUCCGAGGCGUGA